AUGACCGGUGAAAGACGUUUAUCUGAUUAUCGAAAUGUUGUUAGUGGUUUAUAUACAUUGGAUCGAACAAUUGGUACAGGACAUUUUGCUGUUGUUAAAUUAGCACGACAUGUAUUUACACAGAAAGAGGUGGCCGUUAAAGUAAUUGAUAAAACAAAAUUAGAUGAUGUAUCAAAAGCACAUUUAUUUCAAGAAGUAAUGUGUAUGAAACUUGUUCAACAUCCAAAUGUUGUUAGAUUAUAUGAAGUAAUUGAUACACCAAAUAAAUUAUAUUUAAUAUUAGAACUUGGUGAUGGUGGUGAUAUGUAUGAUUAUAUUAUGAAACAUGCAAAUGGUUUAAAUGAAAAUAUGGCUCGAAGAUAUUUUCGUCAAAUAUGUCGUGCAUUAGAUUAUUGUCAUAAAAUGCAUGUUUGUCAUCGUGAUUUAAAACCAGAAAAUCUAGUAUUUUUUGAAAAACAAGGCAUUGUUAAAUUAACAGACUUUGGUUUUUCAAAUCAAUUUUCACCAGGAAAAAAAUUAUUGACUAGUUGUGGAUCACUUGCAUAUUCGGCACCUGAAAUUUUACUUGGUGAUCCGUAUGAUGCUGAGGCUGUUGAUAUUUGGUCACUUGGUGUGAUAUUGUUUAUGCUUGUGACUGGACGUGCUCCAUUCCAAGAGGCAAAUGACAGUGAAACAGUAAUGAUGAUAUUAGAUUGUUGUUAUAAAUUACCAUCGAAUAUAUCAGCCGAAUGUCAAAAUUUAAUUGAUCGAAUGAUUGUGAGAGAACCGGAGCAACGUGCAACAUUAGAAGAAGUAAUGAAUGAUCAAUGGUAUAGAAAUCUUAUGGAAGAUGACGAUGAUAUCAGUGAAGAUGAUAAUUAUCUCAACUCUUUACCAUUAAUUUCUCAUAAAACAAUAUCAAACGAUGAUCACGAACAAAUUUUACAAGAAAUGAUCGAUGGAAAUAUUUCGGAACGAGAACUAAUUUUAAAUGCAUUAGAUGAAGAUCAAUACAAUCAUAUUACAGCAACAUACUAUCUUCUAGCUGAAAAGCUGUUGCAUAAUCGACUACGUAAUGAUGAUGAUGGUGGUGAAAAUGUUCGAAAAAAAAGUCGUAAACAUUUACUGCCAACGAAUGAACCGUUCACAGAACAAAUUGGCGUUUUUGUUACCACAACACCAACAAAUUAUAACUUUAGUGAUGAUUCCAUAAUUAGACAGGACUCUAAUGAUGGAGAUGACGAUAUGAGUGAUAUUGAAGAGUAUAGUUUAACAGAAAAAGAAAAUGUUCCGCCACCACAAACAAUCCCAACUUCGACUCCUAGGCCUCCUCCACUUGACUCUCUAUCAACAUUAGUACAAGACGAAGAAGAGCGUCUUAGUGCAACAGCAUCGGCAUCACAGUCACGUUUAUCAUCGGCACGUGAUCCUUCUACGCAAGCAAUGAAUAUUAUUCUUGAAGAAGAUGAAUACUGCGAGUCACCAACAUCUGAGUAAAUAAUAGUCAACAUUUUUUCAUGGUAACAACGUUUUUAUUUUUAUUUUUAUUCUAUUUUAGUAAAACACGUCUAGAGACGAACGUACCACCAGUGAAUCUAUCAAAGCUAAACAAAAUUGUUGAAAGUGGUAAGAAUAAUGACUUUUUCGGUUUAGUUUACGACGAUGGUUGCACUGUAGUUUUUACAAAGGUUGCUUUAGAUAUUAGUAGUCAGGGCGGGCGGGGGGGGGGGGCGGGGGGGGGGGGGGGGGGGGGGGGGGGGGGGGGGGGGGGGGGGGGGGGGGGG